AUGGACGACUUUUGUGCCCAACUGCAAUGGCCCACCGGCAUAGCCCUGAGCCCGCUGGACGGCUCCCUCCACUUCAUCGACGACCGCCUCAUCCUCAAACUCACCCCCGACCUGAAGAUCAAGGUGGUGGCCGGCACGCCGCUCCACUGCCGCAGGGAGGACAACUCCUCCAGGGCGGAGGGGGAGAACGUCCUCGGCACGGUGGUGGCGCUGUCGUUCGCCCCCAACGGGGACCUCUACAUAGCCGAGUCGGAUACUCGGAGCGGGUACUACGCCAGGUUGAUCGACACCGCAGGCAAAAUCACCCAUUUCGCCGGUAGACUUCCGGACAAAACAAGGAAACCCUGCGACUGCUCAACGAACUCCACGACAGCGACCCCUAUCGGCAGGAUCCCAGACUCUCCGCCACCGUGCACAUGUCCCACUUUUGACGAAACCACAAGCAACGCCGAAACGCUGUUAUCGUCCAACGCCAAGUUCCAGUCCAUAUCGGCUUUGGCAGUCUCGCCAGGCGGGGUGUUACACGUGGCAGACCAAGGAUCGCUGCACAUCCUCUCUUUAGAGCACUAUCUACCCACUCACGACGAGAACGGGGAGUUCAGGAUACCCUAUCCGGCAGCCAGUGAAGUUUACGUCUUCAACAGGUACGGGCAACACGUUGCCACCAAAGACCUCGCCUCAGACAAGACCAGAUAUACCUUCCUCUACUCCAAGAACACCAGCUUCGGGAAGUUGUCGACUGUCACCGAUAGCUCCGGCAAUAAGAUACAGUUCUUGAGGGACUACAGCAAUGCUGUCAGCUCCAUAGAGAACACUCAGGAUCAUAAGUCGGAGCUAAAGAUUUCCGGGAUUGGGUAUUUGAUAAAGCUCAGCGAGAAAGGUCGAGCUGAUAUCGAUUUGGACUAUGACAUGAACACAGGACUGCUUUUGAGUCGGUCUGGGGGUACUGAAACUUUUAUAUAUCAAUACGACUGGCUGGGUAGAGCUACAGGAGUUAUACUGCCUAGUGGGGAAUCCAUUCAGUUAUCUUCGAGGAUAUCAGAUAGUGGAAGUUUGGAGAUUUCUGUCAGCGAUCCUCCGAGUGUUUUACGUAUUGAUGGAAGCGUAAACAAGCACGUUUUAAUAAUUGAUAAUAAGGAAGUGACUGACGCAGUCACCCUGACCAACUCGACCGUAGCUCUAACCUCAGCCUACGAUGGCUCCAUGAAAGUAUGCGCUAUCGCUCGCCAUCCCCUUUUGGAAGCAUCCCUUCCGGUAGAAGCCGAACUCCUUCCAGUCUGGUCGGAACAAACCAUGACCUUCGGCGACAAUCUAGAGAACGUCAUGUCCACCUCGUUCAGUUUAGUCGGUGACGUCAGGAACCCACAACAAACUCUCUACAGAGAAAUAUUCGUUAAUAACACCAAAAUACUCGGCAUCGAGUUCGAUCAGUUCACUAGCAGAGAGACCUUCUUCGACCACGAUAAGCUGCCUCUUUUGACAAUAACCUACGACCCUGCAGGUCUACCGCUGCUUUACACUCCGUACAACGGCGCCGACUCCUUGAACAUAACGUACGAUCACUUCAACCGAAUCGACAGUUGGAAAUGGGGGAUAUCAGAGCUGAAGUACAGCUACGACAGACACGGUUUACUGUCCGAAGUAACCAGUCCGCUGGACGGUACUCUCAUGUACACCUACGAUGACACCAACAUGUUAUCGAAGAUCACGUUGGCCAGCCAGAGAAGCUUCACUCUCAGCUACGACGACAACGGAGGUCUGUGCCACGUGACCUUGCCUAGCGGCACCAAACACGCGUUCAGCCUUCAACCGACUUUGGGCUUCCUUAGGGCAACCUACACUCCUCCGGGUAGUACUAGAUCGUACCUGCAGCACUUCUCGCACUCCGGUACGCUUUUGCAGACCGUUUUUCCCGGCGAAGGUGCCAGACUGGUCUACAGGUACUACGACAAUAACAGGCUGAAAGAGGUGGUACACGGCGAUGGUAAAACUCUGUAUCAGUACUCGGAAACGUCUGGUUUGCCGAGUCAAGUGAGCCAUGCCGAACAGGAAAUGGAGUACCGAUGGGACUACCAGUACACCGGUGGUUUGCUGAUGGAGGAGCGGAUCGAUUUCGGUGCCAAAACAGGACUGAGCAACGCUAAGUUCACGUAUGAUUAUGACAACAACUAUAGGUUGAUAGCUGCGCAGGGUCGAAUCGGUGGCCAAAAUUUGCCGCAGCAUAGUUUGGCGUACAAUUUCAGAACGGGCGCUUUGGAAAUGAUCGGACCUUUCAAGAUUAUCAAGCAGAGAGUGAAUGAGACUAAUGUGUAUGAUGGGACAGCUUUGUUUUCUAGUAGUACCAGUUCUAGGUUCUUGGAGACCAGGGUAGCGUUGACUAUACACGGUAUGGAAGUGUUCAGAAUGGAGUUCAGUCACGACAUGCAUGGGAGAAUAUCACAAACUCGAACUUAUACCAAGAAUGUUGGUGUUAAUACCUACACCAAUGUGAAAAACUACACGUGGGAUUGCGAUGGCCAACUUUUGGGAGUAGAAGCUCAAGAACCAUGGGGUUUCAGAUAUGAUGAUAAUGGAAACAUGCUCUCGCUCACAUAUCGAGGUAACACUAUACCGAUGGAGUACAACACCAUGGAUAGGAUCAUCAAAUUUGGCGAAGGGCAAUACAAAUACGACAGUAGGGGGUUGGUUAUACAAAAUGCUAGAGAAGAAAAGUUUCACUACAAUGCUAAAGGAUUACUCAUCAGAGCCACCAAAAGAGGCCGAUUCGAUGUCAGAUAUUUCUAUGAUCACAUGGAUAGGUUAUCAGCUAGAAAAGACAAUUUCGGAAACGUGACCCAAUUCUUCUACAACAACCAGCUGAAUCAUCGAGAAGUCAGUCAGAUCUACUCUCCUAGGGACGGGAAACUGAUGUCUUUGGUGUACGACAACAGAGGGCACUUGAUUUAUGCGCAAGUCUACAGGCACAAGUAUUACGUAGCGACCGACCAAUGUGGCACCCCGAUAAUGAUCUUCAAUCAAUAUGGAGAGGGUAUCAGAGAAAUCAUGAGGUCUCCUUAUGGGCAUAUCGUGUAUGAUUCCAAUCCUUAUCUCUACUUGCCAAUUGACUUCUGCGGAGGAAUAUUAGAUCAGGUGACUUCUCUAGUCCACAUGCCCAAUGGUAAAGUGUAUGAUCCUCUUAUUGGGCAGUGGAUGUCCCCAUUGUGGGAGAACGUUUUAGAAAGGGUGUCAACUCCCACUCAUAUUCAUCUGUACAGGUUCAACGGAAACGACCCUAUCAAUGUCAGACUUGACAGAAGCAGGCCUAAUGACCACUUGGACUGGCUGGACAAACUGGGCAUCUCCCUGCGCAGCCUCGCCCCUCAACUCUACCCCGCCGACCUACCGGGCGGCCCCAUGCCGCCCCAGCUUUCUCGCCCGCCUCCCUUCUGGAACCCCUCCUCCGGCCACGCCCUCGCUAGCCAACUCACGCUCCGCCCCGACCAACAAUCGCCCCGCCUCCCCACCAAUCAAGGCGACACGCCACGCCCAUCCGCAGUAGACGUGCGUUCCGGUUUCCUCGCGCACCUAGACUCGCGCAAGAUGCACACGGCUCGCGAGCUGUCAGUGCUUUCCAGGUCGGCGUUGAAGACGGACGCUAUCGAUUUGGCGCCGAGGAAGAUAGGGGCGGGGUCGGACCCGCCUUUCGGGCGGGGCGUGCUGGUGUCGCGCACACGCGCUGGGCAGGCGGUGGUGUCGAGCGUACCGGCUGCCAACGCCAUCUACCGGGACGUGUACACGUCGGUGUUCAACAGGUCGCAGAUGUUGCCGUUCACGUUCGUGGUGCACGGGGCGCAGCAGGACGCGUUCCAUUUUGUUAAGGAGGACGUUUGGAAGGCCACUGACGACAAAGCACUUCCCAAACCGGACGCCAAACCUCAACGGAUUAAAGUCGAACUGAAUUCAAAAUCGCGUUCUCUUCCUCUUCCCAACAGGCCAGCUGAAACGCCUCCAAGGCCAAGUCAACACCACCUUCCACGAGAUCGCCAAAGAGAACGGCAGUGGCAACAACUACUGCGACGUCAAAAUCCACGGCUCCGAUGUGGUCAUCAAUCUGCGCUACGAUAUUCAAAUUUAACAAAAUACUAG